AUGUACAACGGCAUGAACGGCACUGGUGUCAUCGAUGCCUUCAGCAUGACCGUGCACCUGUGUAUGUGGGGACGCUCGGUCCUGAGCAGUGAACCGUCGGUUCAUCCACCCAGCUCUGUUGCCGUGCGAGCUAUACUGGUGUUCGAAUACGAGAGGAGGAGCCGCGGUAGAAUGUUCAAGCUCGAGCUCAAUAAUAUCGACUCGAUCUUGCCCAAACACACGAUAUUUGGUGGUCCUCAUUUUGCGCCAAGCUUGGGCCCGAGCGUACUCUGGAUUCCUGCACAUCAGUUGGUGUACGCCUUGUCAUUCAACACGAGAAAGCAACUUGCUGUGUUGCAAUUCGCAACCAAACCUAGCCAUAUAUACCGCAGGAUUUGCGCUCUUACCAUCGCACGUUCUGCUCUGCUGCUCUCCAUAUCCAAGGUCGAUGAGAGCCAGACUCGUAGGAACCUCAUGCUCGUUGCACACCUACAGCCUCUGGUCUGCCGCAGCCAAUCGAGAAUGACCAACGUUCCGCCCACCUCCACCGCAGCGGCUGCUUCGGUUCGUCUGCCUCCUAUACAUCUUCGGUCUGACGACGAUACUCCGACACUUGCUCUUCCAAACAAUCCUCCCUCCUCUUUGUUCCACUACCACCUACAUACUCACCACCAACACGAUCGUUACCAACGUCAAGCCCAGCAUCCUCUACCUCGACAGUCGAUGUCGGCAUCGCCAUUGCCACCGAGCUUCAACAGCCGUGUGACAUCAUCGACCCAAACGGCGUCGUCGUCUUCUUCUACCACCGGAAUCCAUGCUCUGACGCUGGCAGCUAAGCAAGAAGACGAAAUCAGCCUGUCCUUCAGCGACGAAGACAUGCUACUGUGUGACGAAGCCGACGACGACGAAAAUUGGUCCGAUGCAGCUCCUUCUUCCGUCGAGGGUGCAGCGAGCAACGCCGAGAAGCGCGACAAACGUGGUUCGGCCGCGAGCUCCGUCGCUGGCAAAGGUGGUGCUGCAGAGGGAAAUAUGAAUGGCAAGCGCAAUUCGAACAAUCGGAGUCGAAGGUUGCUCUCGUUGGAACAGUCCAAGGUGCUGUACAAGAUUCUUGACAAGGUCUGGUUUCAAAACAGACGUCAAGUGGGGAAAAAACGAAUGAUGGAGUCCGUCCAAUCGCUGCUCUCCACCUACCCGCCAUGCUCCUCCGCACAGCUGUCGCUCGACCACAUUCAGGAUCAGCUUCGCUCCACGGGCAAGACGCGAUUUUCCGCCAACGAGGACGAACGUACUCGCGCCUGGAGACGCCAUACGAUACGGUUGGCGCUCAACCCAUCUGCUGCGGAGGAGGAGGAGAGCAAAGCUGCCAUCCGCGAGCUCGAACGUGGGUCGUCGGCGAGGGAGUACUACGAGAUGCAUCCGGGAGCGGAACGGGAUCGUGAGUGGGGUAGGGAUGCUGCUGCUGCCGCGGCGUCGCGUGGGCUUGGAUGGAUGGAGAUGGGAGAGAGAGAUUCGCGUAUUCGAGCAUCUCGUUCGGCAGCAUCGUUGCGGAUCAACGUGCCGAGGUUGAGAUCGCACUCUUCCACCUCGGACUCGCAUACACCCGCGACUGCGUCGACUCCGACCUAUACAGGUCCAGGUAGCGCUACUCAUCUGGAAAGCAUCUCCUCCGCCCGAACGUUUUUCCCUUCACCUCUCACAGCUCCUAGCACAAGAACCAUCCUCACCACUCCCACCAUCAACAGCCAAAAGGAAAGCUUCAGUAUUCCACCCCACAACACCCAUGUUUACCGUCCUUACCCACGACCAUCCCUACCACCACCACCGAUGCACCAGACUUUCGCUCUUCAGAGUGGAGUUCGACGCGAUCGCAGCGCUACGCUGUCAGGAGGUACAGUUCAAUGGAAAGACUCGGAUCUUCGACACGUCCGGAACGAUUUGACGGCGGAAUGGAGGUAUGCACAGCAACGACUGCUGCGCCAUCAGCCGGUGGAUUUGAGACGCGUUUCCCCACCGAGCGGGAGGUACUCGCCGUACCACGUGGAGGGUAGUAGGCGCGGGAGGAGUGAGUCGACACCGGUUGAUCCGGGAGAGAGGUGGCAAGAGGUUGCGAUCGAGCAUGUGGCGGUACGUGUGGGGUCCCCGCUGAACAGCCGACGCUUCGAGUCGGUACAACAGACCGAGCCCAACCGCCCCACCUCACCGAAUGACCCCACGAAACAAGACCUCCAGGACAGCGUCGGAGAACACACCCGCAGGAACAGCAGGAUGGACGUCAGAUCCCUCACCACCAGCAACAUCACCAACACCAGAGGUAGUCGAUGA